AUGGCUGGCGACAGAUGCAGGGCAAGCGACAGCAGUGCUGACGAUGCACGCCCACUCACACCACCCUCUCUUGCUCUGCCCACCCCACCACCUGCUGCUUGCCCCACACUUGCUCCUCCUCUCCCUUCUCCCCCUCUGCCGCCUCCUACUGCCCCGCUCCUGCUCGUUCCAGCCAGCAUUCUUCGCAGAUAUGCGGUGCAACUGCACAUCGUUAUUCUUCCCCUUUGCUUCGUCCUUUGCUUCCUUCUCAUCCCCACGCUCCUUCUCAUCCCCACGCUCCUUCUCAUCCCCACGCUCCUUCUCAUCCCCACGCUCCUUCUCAUCCCCACGCUCCUUCUCAUCCCCACGCUCCUUCUCAUCCCCACGCUCCUUCUCAUCCCCAUGCUCCUUCUCAUUCCCACGCUCCUUCUCAUCCCCACGCUCCUUCUCAUCCCCACGCUCCUUCUCAUCCCCACGCUCCUUCCUUACCUCCUCCUCUCUUCCCCCCUUUUCCUCCUCCCCUCUCUCCUUUCCUUCCUCCCUUUCUCCUCCCCCUCCCCCUCUCUCCUUCCCCUCCUCUUGAUUCUCCUUUCCCUCCUCUUCAUUCUCCUUUCCCUCCUCCUCCCUUUCUCCUUCCCCCUCCCCUCUCUCUCCUUCCCCUCCUCUUCUUUCUCCUUCCCCUCUUCUUUCUCCUUCCCAUCCUUCCUCUCUCCGUCCCCGCUUCCCCUCCUUCCCUCUCUCCGCCCCUCCUCCCCUUUCUCCAUCCCCUCCUCUUCUUUCUCCUUCCGCUCCUCCUUUCUCUCCUUCCCCUCUUCCCCUCUCGCCUUCCCCUCCUCCCCACUCUCCUUCCCCUCCUCUCCUCUUCCCUCCUCCCUUUUCCCCUCCUCCCUCUCUCCUUCCCUCGUACCCCAGCCUCCACUGCCACCUCUCCAGCACCCACCUGCUCUCCCUCUUCUCCGCUCCACACUCUCCUCCACUGCCCUCCCUGUCAACCGAGCUGCCACCAUCACCACCCGCAGCCUGCUUUGCACUGCCCCCCGCCUCCACCCCUGCCGCCUCCACCCCUGCCGCCUCCACCCCUGCCGCCUCCACCCCUGCCCGCCUCCACCCCUGCCGCCUCCACCCCUGCCGCCUCCACCCCUGCCGUCCCUACCUUCCUCCUGCUUUCUUCUCUCCACCUUCCCCAUCCCCUCCACACCUCCUGCCGUCGCCCCUGCCCUCACCUUUCCCGUUCCCUCCACACCUGCCGCCAUCGCCCCUGAUGUCCCUCUCGCCUCAUCCGCUACCUCUGCAAUGCCUCCUUCUCCUUCCCUCCCUUCGCCUCCCCCCCUUUGUCUCCUACUCUCUACCCUAAACGAAGUUUCCGUUUCAUCCUUCCCUUUUAUGGCUUCCCCUUCCUCUGCACCUUCCUCUGCAACCUUCCUCUGCAUCUUCUUCUGCACCUUCCUCCUUCCCCUUCGCUCUAUCAUCUUCCCCCUUUGCCCUUUCCUCUACCCCCUUUGGCUCUUCCUCCUCUCGUUUUGUCCCUUCCUCCUCCUCCUUUGCCCUUUCCUUCUCCUCCUUUGUCCCUUCCCCUUCCGCCUUUGCCCCUUCCCCCCCUCCUUCUUUGCUCCUUCUUCCCUCCCCUUCGCACAAUCAACUUCCCCCUUUGCCCUUCCCUCUACCCCCUUUGCCUCUUCCUCCUCUCGCUUUACCCCUUCCUCCUCCCAAUUCGCCACUCCAUCCAUCCCCUUCAGCUUUUCGUCCUCCCCCACUGCACUUUCCUUUUCCUCCUUUCCGUCCUCCUCCCCCAUUGCAUCUUCAUCCUCCCCCUUAACCCUCGUCUCCUCCCUCUUUGCCCCUACCCCCAUACCCACUGUCCCAUCCCUAUUGUGUCCCUGGGAGGUACCCAUCACGCCAGCAGCAGCCCUCACCACCAACGCACCUCCCACCCCAACCCCGCUAUCCGACCUCAGCUCUCCUUCCUUCACCUUCAAUCCCUCCUGCGCUUCCACCCCUCCUUCACCUUCCCCGUACCCACCUCCACAUCGCCACAACCCCGCUUUACGCUGCUGCCUUCCACCUUCUCUCCACUCCUACUCACCGCUUCAGCCUUCUCUCCACUCCUACUCACCGCUUCCGCCUUCUCUCCACUCCUACUCACCGCUUCAGCCUUCUCUCCACUCCUACUCACCGCUUCCGCCUUCUCUCCACUCCUACUCACCGCUUCAGCCUUCUCUCCACUCCUACUCACCGCUUCCCCCUUCUCUCCACUCCUACUCACCGCUUCCGCCUUCUCUCCACUCCUACUCACCGCUUCUGCUGCCUUCUCUCCUCUCCUACUCACCGCUUCCGCCUUCUCUCCUUCUCUCUCCACUCCUACUCACCGCUUCCGCCUUCUCUCCACUCCUACUCCCGCUUCCGCCUUUUCUCUCCACUCCUACUCACCGCUUCCGCCUUCUCCUCCUUCUCUCACUCCUACUCACCGCUUCCGCCUUCUCUCCACUCCUACUCACCGCUUCGCCGCCUUCUCCUCCACUCCUACUCACCGCUUCCGCCCGCUUCUCUCCACUCCUACUCACCGCUUCCGCCUUCUCUCCACUCCUACUCACCGCUUCAGCCUUCUCUCCACUCCUACUCACCGCUUCCGCCUUCUCUCCACUCCUACUCACCGCUUCAGCCUUCUCUCCACUCCUACUCACCGCUUCCCCCUCUCCCCCCUUCCUCCACUCCUACUCACCGCUUCCGCCUUCUCUCCACUCCUACUCACACCCGCUUCCGCCUUCUCUCCACUCCUACUCACCGCUUCCGCCCGCCUUUCUCCACUCCUACUCCCGCUUCACCCCUUCCGCCUUCUCUCCACUCCUACUCACCGCUUCCGCCUCCUCUCUCCACUCCUACUCACCGCUUCCGCCUUCUCUCCACUCCUACUCACCGCUUCCCCGCCUUCUCUCCACUCCUACUCACCGCUUCCGCCUUCUCUCCACUCCUACUCACCGUUCACCUUUCAGCCUUCUCUCCACUCCUACUCACCGCUUCAGCUUCUCUCCACUCCUACUCACCGCUUCCGCCUUCUCUCCACUCCUACUCACCGCUUCCCUCCUCCGCCUUCUCUCCACUCCUACUCACCGCUUCCGCCUUCUCUCCACUCCUACUCACCGCUUCCGCCUUCUCUCCACUCCUACUCACCGCUUCCGCUUCUCUCUCCACUCUACUAUCACCGCUUCCGCCUUCUCUCCCCUCCUACUCACCGCUUCCGCCUUCUCUCCACUCCUACUCACCGCUUCCGCCUUCUCUCCACUCCUACUCACCGCUUCCGCUCUUCUUCUCCACUCCUACUCACCGCUUCCGCCUUCUCUCCACUCCUACUCACCGCUUCAGCCUUCUCUCCACUCCUACUCACCGCUUCCGCUUCUCUCCACUCCUACUCACCGCGCUUCCGCCUUCUCUCCACUCCUACUCACCGCUUCCGCCUUCUCUCCACUCCUACUCACCGCUUCCGCCUUCUCUCCCCUCCUACUACUCACCGCUUCAGCCUUUCUCUCCACUCCUACUCACCGCUUCUGCCUUCUCUCCACUCCUACUCACCGCUUCAGCCUUCUCUCCACUCCUACUCACCGCUUCUGCCUUCUCUCCACUCCUACUCACCGCUUCCGCCUUCUCUCUCCACUCCUACUCACCGCUUCCGCCUUCUCUCCACUCCUACUCACCGCUUCCGCCUUCUCUCCACUCUCCUACUCACCGCUUCGCCUUCUCUCCACUCCUACUCACCGCUUCAGCCUUCUCUCCACUCCUACUCACCGCUUCCGCCUUCUCCUCCCACUCCUACUCACCGCUUCAGCCUUCUCUGCACUCCUACUCACCGCUUCCCCCUUCUCUCCACUCCUACUCACCGCUUCAGCCUUCUCUCCACUCCUACUCACCGCUUCCGCCUUCUCUCACUCUCCUCCACUCCUACUCACCGCUUCUGCCUUCUCUCUCUCCUCCACUCACCGCUUCCGCCUUCUCUCCACUCCUACUCACCGCUUCCGCCUUCUCUCCACUCCUACUCACCGCUUCCUCCGCCUUUUCUCCACUCCUACUCACCGCUUCCGCCUCUCUCCACUCCUACUCACCGCUUCCGCCUUCUCUCCACUCCACUACUCUCCACCGCUUCCGCCCUUCUCUCCACUCCUACUCACCGCUUCCCUUCCGCCUUCUCUCCACUCCUACUCACCGCUUCCGCCUUCUCUCUCUCUCACACUCCUACUCACCGCUUCAGCCUUCUCUCCACUCCUACUCACCGCUUCAGCCUUCUCUCCACUCCUACUCACCGCUUCCGCCUUCUCUCCACUCCUACUCACCGCUUCCGCCUUCUCUCCACUCCUACUCACACCGCUUCCGCCUUCUCUCCACUCCUACUCUACCGCGCUUCGCCUUCUCUCCACUCCUACUCUCCUACCGCUUCCGCCUUCUCUCCACUCCUACUCACCGCUUCCGCCUUCUCUCCACUCCUACUCACCGCUUCCGCCUUCUCUCCACUCCUACUCACCGCUUCCGCCUUCUCUCCACUCCUACUCACCGCUUCCGCCUUCUCUCCACUCCUACUCACCGCUUCCGCCUUCUCUCCACUCCUACUCACCGCUUCAGCCUUCUCUCUCACUCCACUCCUACCACCGCUUCCGCCUUCUCUCCACUCCUACUCACCGCUUCCGCCUUCUCUCCACUCCUACUCACCGCUUCCGCCUUCUCUCCACUCCUACUCCUCCUCAUCCGCUUCCUCUCCCCCCGCCGUUCUCCUCUCCACUCCUACUCACCGCUUCAGCCUUCUCUCCACUCCUACUCACCGCUUCUGCCUUCUCUCCACUCCUACUCACCGCUUCAGCCUUCUCUCCACUCCUACUCACCGCUUCUUGCCUUCUCUCCACUCCUACUCACCGCUUCCGCCUUCUCUCCACUCCUACUCACUCACCGCUUCCGCCUUCGCCUUCUCUCCACUCCUACUCACCGCUUCCGCCUUCUCUCCACUCCUACUCACCGCUUCCGCCUUCUCUCCACUCCUACUCACCGCUUCAGCCUUCUCUCCACUCCUACUCACCGCUUCCGCCUUCUCUCCACUCCUACUCACCGCUUCAGCCUUCUCUGCACUCCUACUCACCGCUUCCCCCUUCUCUCCACUCCUACUCAACCGCUUCAGCAGCCUUCUCUCCACUCCUACUCACCGCUUCCGCCUUCUCUCCACUCCUACUCACCGCUUCAGCCUUCUCUCCACUCUACUCACCGCUUCCCCCUUCUCUCCAGUGGCACCUUUGUCCGCCUCACCACUCCUCGCACCCUGCUUCACACCCACCCACUCCCCCCUUCCUUCCCACCCACCUCCCCUUCUUCAUUCCAACCCAAGUUUCCCCCUUCCUUCCCACCCAACUUUCCACCUUCCUUCCCACCCACCUCCCCUCUUUCUGCCUUGUUGUCCUUCCGCACACUCUGAUUCCUCCCCUCUCACUUCAUCCCUCUCUUCGCCUCAUCCCCUCUCUUCGCCUCAUCCCCUCUCUUCACCUCAUCCCCUCUCUUCACCUCAUCCCCUCUCUUCACCUCAUCCCCUCUCUUCUCUUUCCCUUUUCGCCUCCUUUCCCUCCUCCCCUUCCCCUUUCCCCCCUCCUUUCUCUCCCUUCCCUCCUCCCUUCCCUUUUCCCUCCCGCAUCCACCAUCUCAUCAUCACCAUCCCACUUGUCUGCCACGACCCUCCCUCCCUUCCCAUUCUCACUCAAUCCUUCCCUCCCCAUCUCACCCAAUCCUUCCCUCCCCUUCUCACUCAAUCCUUCCCUCCCCUUCUCACCCAAUCCUUCCCUCCCCUUCUCACUCAAUCCUUCCCUCCCCUUCUCACUCAAUCCUUCCCUCCCUUCUCACUCAAUCCUUCCCUCCCCUUCUCACCCAAUCCUUCCCUCCCCUUCUCACUCAAUCCUUCCCUCCCCUUCUCACUCAAUCCUUCCCUCCCCUUCUCACUCAAUCCUUCCCUCCCCUUCUCACUCAAUCCUUCCCUCCCCUUCUCACCCAAUCCUUCCCUCCCCUUCUCACUCAAUCCUUCCCUCCCCUUCUCACUCAAUCCUUCCCUCCCCUUCUCACUCAAUCCUUCCCUCCCCUUCUCACCCAAUCCUUCCCUCCCCUUCACACCCAAUUCUUCCCUCUCCAUCUCCCCCUCUCUCUCAGACUCCCCUCGGUCCUCACUGCAGAUGCCUUCAACCUUCAUUCCAUCCCCACAUCUAUCCCCACCUUCCUCCUCUCGUCCCUCGCUCCCAUUGCCACCCUCCUCCCCCCAAAGCUGCUCCCCCCAAAGCUGCUCCCCCCAAAGCUGCUCCCCCCAAAGCUGCUCCCCCCAAAGCUGCUCCCCCCAAAGCUGCUCCCUCCAAAGCUGCUCCCCCCAAAGCUGCUCCCCCCAAAGCUGCUCCCCACGAAGCUGCUCCCCUCAGCAUCGCCUUCCCCUCACCUCCCUUUGCCUCCGUGUCCCGCCCCGCACUGCCUGCUAUGUCCUCGAUCCUCUUCCCAUCGCUCUGCUUCUCAAAGCCCCGUUCUUUUGAGAUUUGA